UUUUUAUCUUUUUAGUAUAAGAAUUAGAUUAAUGAAAUUAUUUUUGUCCAAAAAAAUGUCAAAGAUAAAGAUUAAAAAACUUGUAAAAUUUAAAUAGUAACCGAGAGAGAUGAAGAGUACAAUGUAGCAAUCUCAUUUUUUUUUUUUUUGUCUGUUUUAAGGUUUUAAUUUUGGCGCCUCUUACAGUAUUGAAGAAUUGAGAUACAAACAAUAACAAUGGUGCGUAGGCGAUUUCCAGAUGCGCAAACAGGUAUUCAAUGGCAAAAAGUCUUAAGAAAAGUGGGAUUAGGCAAAGAAGAUAGGUACUUUUGGAAGCAAGUGGGUAAAGCAUUACUAUGUACUUAUGCAUUAAUUGGAGCUGCUUGGGUUUACAAUGAGACAUCCCCACUUGGGUGGUGGACAUUGAAACCUCGUCCUAAGGAGGAGAAAGAAUUGGCUCAUCUUUACGAAAGGCGAGAAUUUCCAUACCCGGGUGAUAAAGAAGCUAUGGAAGAUUUCGUGGCGAAAGGAGGGAUGAUUGGUACUACCAUUGGUCCUAAAGGAAUGAUUGAAGUUGAUAAGGAUUCAUAUAAUUAUCAGAAGGUAUUGCAGGAUAAGAAGUUUGAGCAGGAGGCUAAUAAGCUGUGGAUUAGGAUGAGGAAUGAAGUUAUUGCUGAGCUUCAAGAAAAGGGUUUCGAUAUCGAAUGAAACAGCAAUGAUGGGAUAUGGAAGCGAAAAUGGAAAUGGCUAUGUUAAUGAGUAAGAAAGCAUUGAUCUUUGAACUUGCUAUAGUGUAGUAUGAUUAUGAUUUUAAUAUAAUUUGAGAAUCAAAUAAGAUGAUAGUCCUACAGUGGGUCUAAAUAUGGCUUGUUUUAGUGAUUGUGGAUGGUGAAACGUUGUAUUCUAUGUAUUCACUUUGGAAACCAUAGGAAGUUGAAGUUUAUUA